CAAUGCAAAGAAUAUUUUUGUGGUACCGCUCUGUAUUCUGCUUCUCUAACUUUUGCCUCUUUUUUUAAAAUCAAUAAUUAACAUAGAUUUAAGGUCGUGGCGUUUAAAUGUGCCUGUGGUAAAUGCAUUGUAUUCGUCACAUGAUGAAAUAUCCUGAAGGUAAGUUUGAAAAGAACACGAACCUAAACGUUUUUUUUCCAGCCUGCGGAGCUCAUGAAUGAAAAGUUCCAGUUGGUGCUCCGUUUAGCCGCAGCACUGAGUGCAUGUUCUGGACUGACUGACUGACGCUGUCCGCUGGAAGGCAGGCAGGCAGGCAGGUAGUCGACGGCCACGGUGAAGCUGCCACUAAUGUGAAAGUGACAAAAGGACACCGUAUAAUUGUGAAAGCUCCGACCUCGCAGUCUCCAUACAGCCAGACAACACUGAGGGCAGAGAGAGACAGAAGGGCCCCCGGACUAUCACUCCUUUCAGCAGCAGCAGCUCAGCGGACACAGUCAUGGCUAACAUCGCGGUCCAAAGGAUCAAGCGGGAGUUCAAAGAAGUUCUCAAAAGCGAAGAGACGAGUAAAAACCAGAUAAAAGUUGAUUUGGUGGACGAGAACUUCACAGAAUUGAGGGGGGAGAUAGCAGGUCCACCAGAUACACCAUAUGAAGGUGGAAGGUAUCAGCUUGAAAUAAAAAUCCCAGAAACAUAUCCUUUUAACCCACCAAAGGUUCGUUUCAUCACUAAGAUCUGGCACCCAAAUAUCAGUUCUGUGACAGGAGCAAUAUGUCUGGAUAUUUUAAAAGACCAGUGGGCAGCAGCUAUGACACUGCGGACGGUGCUAUUGUCUCUACAGGCUCUUCUUGCUGCAGCAGAACCAGAUGACCCACAGGAUGCAGUAGUAGCCAAUCAGUAUAAGCAGAAUCCAGAAAUGUUCAAACAGACUGCAAGGCUGUGGUCUCACGUCUAUGCUGGCGCUCCUGUCUCCAGUCCCGACUACACACGUAAAAUAGACAAACUCUGUGCCAUGGGCUUUGAUAAGAAUGCAGUAAUAGCAGCCUUGUCUUCAAGAUCCUGGGAUGUGGAAACUGCAACAGAGCUGCUCCUCAGCAACUGAGAGACCACCAGGCGUGAGGAUCCCUAACAAAACUCCCUUCGUCACAGCAUCGGCUCCUCCCCGGGCACAUUCCACCAUCAUCGCCUUUCAGUGCACAGAAAAACACCCUGUUCACCGCAGCAGUCCAAGCCGUUUUGUUUGCUACAAAUUUGACAGCGGUAGCACCUCAAUCACCAAUAUGCACACACACCACACUGUUGCCUGCCUUCAUUCUGCUGAUGUCACAUAAUCAAAAUGUGUAUUAUAAUAAGCCCCGAAAACUUUCAGUCAUGCAUCACGUCUUCCAUUCCAUUUUAACACAUUGGCAACUGAAAUAUUUUUCCCCCUAAAAUGUGUCAAACAAUAUCACGAAGAAUCAAAUUACUGUCGCUGCCUGGUAGAUGUUCCCACGGAAACAUUUGAAAGAAAUCUUCACACUGCUCUCUCACCACGUCAACAUUUACUCCUUCAGCUGAAGGUUGGACCUUGUGUUAAGAUUAUUUUCUCUCUCACGGACAUUUAUUGCUGGAUUUAGAUUCACUUGACUGUAUUGUGUUCUGUAUGAGCAGUGUAACAGAUUUUUUUUUUUUUAAGAGGCAUCAAUCAUCUGCAGAUGUCUGUAGGAAUGGGAAAAAAAAGAUCUCGCCAACAUCCUCCAACAUCCGCAUACAUACACACAAGUUAUCUGUAAAUAGAUGCGUGUACAUUUGAAAAUACAAUGGGGAUAUACUUUUUUUCUUACAUGGCAUUGUAAAAGAAAUUAUUUUAAAUAUAAUCUAUGCCUGGUUUACAGUUAUAUGGAAGAGAUCUUUUUAUGCUUCUGGAACCCAUAAGAAAUGCCUUUGACUUUUUUAGUUUUAUUUAAUAUUUUUAUUUUAUUUUAAAGAUUGAUGUUUAGAGGUGGCACAGCCAAAACACUGGCCCUUAUGGCUCCGGAGUUCAGCGCCAGCUCAGGCCCAUAAAGGUCAUGACAUGCCACAGUCCAACCUUUUCACGCGUCUUUAAGUGUCCUAUGCGGCCUUUAUAUUGAGUUGAGCCAAUAUGUGAUGAGGUGUCUGCUUGAUUUAAGUCCCUUCAGACUCCUGGAACAACUCGAGCACACACAAGUUUGUCGUGUCAUCUAUAGGGAAACGGCCUUCUCUAUUGAUGGAAAAUUCUCUCUGCUCUGAACAGAUUAAUCCGACACGCUUCAAGAACAAACGUGCGUGUCUGAAUGUCACCAAGGAUUUGAGGUUGCAAUGCAGUGGUUUUUUUUAUUUCUGGAUUUUCGGAGUAGUCGGUUUCGACCACAGGCAUGGAUAAAGGUUUGCUCAUCCUCUCAGUCUCAGUCAAGGAGCGUUAUCACUGAUCACAGCGGUAGUGCAGCCGUAAUCCAAUCAAAAACUUUGGCCAUAUGUACAGGCAUUAUAAGUGAUGUUCUAUAUUACCAGACAUGCUUUACUACACAGCCAAAAAAAAGUGCUCAUUGAGGUUUUCUGAAAGAGGCUGGAACUCCUCUGUUCUUCUGUGAAGCAGAUAGCAGCUCUGCAGUGUUUUUGACCCGAGGUUCAUGAACUGUAAAUUAAUGCUUAAGAAGUGGGGUGUCUGUGCAUCCUCACACGUGGUCGAUCUUUGGUUUAAAAACUUCCUUAUGCUUGCCCCGCUCAGUCCCUAACAACACAGUGGUACAUCACAGUACGACACUGAGAAAUCGUGCAGUCUCCUCAUAUGACUUUAAUCAUGUUCCCAGCCAGAACCAAAAAAUGAAUAGGUACUGUCCGUCAGGGGGUUGAGCACACACACACAAUAUCCCCUUUGUGUAAAUAGCCAGGUCCUUGAUUAAGAGCCGUCUUGUUAUGAGUGUGCACCAUUGAUGGCUGAAUCUAUAUUUUGUAAGAAAAAGAAAGAACAAAAAAGAGUCGCCCCCCCCCAUCCCCCGUCUUCCUGGUGUUCUCACUAUGUACAAUAUUGCACGAUGACAACUUAAAAAAGGGGCUGUUGCAUCUCAGUUUCUCCAUUUUGAUUGAAAGAUUUUCCUUUUUUGUUUUCUUGGAAGCAAGCAUCAGCAGUAUAUAAAGCAUGGUUAUUUAUUGUGA